AUGAGCAACGCCCCUUUCUGCGUCACAAUCCUGCGGAGGCCCUUCAACGGCAAGGCGGGGAGGGACAUCGAGCUCCUCCACUACGCCGUCCAGAUCGACGGGCACGGCAUCUACGAGUUUGGGCGCUACGACGGCCCUGGCAAGUUGAAGCACCGCGACGGGCGCCACUCGAACGAAGAAGUAGUGACUGCGUUCAAGGUUACCGGCCACACGCCCGAGGACGUUAUUGCGUACAUGAAGUCCAUCACGAACGGCAAGGUUUGGGAGUACUUCGGCACCAACUGCGUGAGCGUCGCCAAGAAGGUCACCGAGCGCUACGGCCCGCCGCAGUGCCUCAGACUGCUCGAGGCCGGUGAGAACAACUACAAACGCGUGGCCAAGGCGCUGCUGAAGGAGUGCAAUGACCUUAUCAAGUGGUAA